GCUGCAGGAUUUUGAACCGGAUCUGGCGGCGCCGUUCCCACGCUGCCGUUAGUGAGGCGCGGGGCUAGUGGACCGCAUCCCAGUCGAGGGGCGGCCCGGCGAGGCAAGCCGAGUGGCGGUGCGUGUGCGCGGGCUGCGGGCUGAGCGUCGGGCGCGAAAGAUGGACACUACAAUGGUGAAUUUGUGGACUCUGUUUGAGCAGCUUGUUCGUCGGUUGGAGAUUAUCAAUGAAGGAAAUGAAAUCCUUGAAUUCAUCCAGGUGGUGAAGGACUUUGAGGAUUUCCGGAAGAAGUGGCAGAGAACAGACCAUGAGCUGGGGAACUUUAAAGAUCUUUUGAUGAAAGCAGAGAUUGAGCGUAGUGCUCUGGAUGUUAAGCUGAGGCAUGCAGGUAAUCAAGUGGAUGUAGAGAUCAAACGGAGGCAGCGAGCUGAGGCUGAAUGUGCAAAACUGGAACGACAGAUUCAGCUGAUUCGAGAUAUACUCAUGUGUGACACAUCUGGCAGCAUUCAGCUAAGCGAGGAACAAAAAUCAGCUCUUGCUUUUCUCAACCGAGGCCGACCAUCCAGUGGCAAUGCUGGGAACAAUAGACUGUCAACCAUUGAUGAAUCUGGUUCCAUUUUAUCAGAUAUCAGCUUUGACAAGACUGAUGAAUCACUGCACUCCAGCAGCCGGCAGUUCAUUGAUGGCCCUCCUGGGCCUGUAAAGAAAACCAGUGGCUCUACAGCAGACCAGGGGAAUGAAUCCAUAGUUGCAAAAACUACAGUGACUGUUCCUAGUGAUGGUGGGCCCAUUGAAGCUGUGUCUGUUAUUGACACGCCAUCUUGGACCAGGAGUCAAAGGAAAUCAGGUCCAUUACAACCUGUGAAUAGUGACUCUACUCUGAACAGCAGGCCGCUGGAGCCAAGAACUGAGCCAGACAACUCAGGCACACCACAGACUAAUGGAGGGAUGCACCUGCAUGACUUUGUCUCUGAGACGGUUAUUAAACCUGAAUCUUGUGUUCCCUGUGGAAAGCGGAUCAAAUUUGGCAAGCUGUCUCUGAAGUGUCGAGAUUGUCGCUUGGUCUCUCAUCAAGAAUGUCGGGAACGCUGUCCCCUUCCCUGCAUUCCUGCCCUGAUGGGAACACCUGUCAAGAUUGGAGAGGGAAUGUUGGCUGAUUUUGUGUCCCAGACUUCUCCAAUGAUUCCCUCUAUUGUUGUCAGCUGUGUUAAUGAGAUUGAGCAGAGAGGUCUGACUGAGGCAGGCUUAUAUAGGAUCUCGGGCUGUGAUCGGACAGUAAAAGAACUGAAAGAGAAAUUCCUCAAAGUGAAAACUGUACCCCUACUCAGCAAAGUGGAUGAUAUCCAUGCCAUCUGUAGCCUCCUGAAAGACUUCCUUUGAAACCUCAAAGAACCCCUUCUGACUUUUCGACUAAGCAAAGCUUUUAUGGAAGCAGCAGAAAUAACAGAUGAAGACAACAGCAUAGCUGCCAUGUACCAGGCUGUCAGUGAGCUGCCCCAGGCCAACAGGGACACAUUAGCCUUCCUCAUGAUUCAUUUGCAGAGAGUGGCUCAGAGUCCAGACACUAAAAUGGAUAUUGCCAAUCUAGCUAAAGUCUUUGGCCCUACAAUAGUUGCCCAUGGUGUGCCUAAUCCAGACCCAGUGACAAUGUUCCAGGACAUCAAGCAUCAACUCAAGGUGGUGGGGCACCUGCUUUCACUGCCCCUGGAAUACUGGAAUCAGUUCCUGAUGGUGGAACAAGGGAACACUGACACGCAGCAUGGCAAUGGGAGCUGCACACCCCGGACACCAGAUGUAAAAGUGAGCUUACUGGGGCCGGUGACCACUCCUGAAUUCCAGCUUGUCAAGACUCCUUUAUCAAGCUCCCUAUCACAGAGAUUCUAUAAUCUCUCCAAAAAUACUCCCAGGUUUGGGAGCAAAAGCAAGUCUGCCACCAACUUAAGUCAACACGGCAAGUUUUUUCCUACUCCAUACCUCAAGUGAAGUCAUGUUGCCUAUCAGUAAGAGAGGGUGCACCUGCUUGCUCUGCUCUAACCACCUAUAUACAUUACUACUUUUAGCAUUUUCCAUGCUUUAAAUAAAGUUUAAUUGUGUAUGAGGGUUUUAUUAUAUUUAUUAUGUAUCUCCCUCUUACCUCUAAUAACAUAAUGUUGGCGCCUUAUACUAGUUGGGAGCCUUUAGAUGGGAGAAGGGGAUAAUAUGGAAUUUGUUAUGAUUUUCGAGGGGAGGGGAAUCUUUUUGGCUUAAAGCCAAGUACUACUCAUGGAGUGACUUUCCUUUGGUGUCACUUAGACAAUGACAGAAAUUCUACCUCUUGGGUAAAGCCGAGUUGUCUUAGGACAAGAAGCAGAAGGGAGAGGGUAAGGAAAGGCAGGACAGAUGCUACAGGAUGGCUCCUUCUAAGAGCCUGAUCCCUUCCUGCUUUAUGAAUUGAGCUCCGCAUGGCCAGCAUGAAGAGGGAUGGAUGGAAGACAGCACUGGUGGUUCAAGUAUGCUUAGCUUUCAUUUGGAUUGGUUAGGUCUUAGUAUAAAGUACCACAAUCCUAUGAUUUCCAUGCCUUGUAUCUGUCUCUAAUAGGCCUCUGGCUGGACUAGGGAGUUGAUUAUGGUCAAAGCCAGUUCUUCUAAAGUUGAGUUCAUUCUAGUGACAGGCCGUCUUUUCCU